AUGCAACAACAUCAUCAACAACAGCAGCAACGUUUGUCAGCCGCCGGGCAACAUCAAUUAAUGACCGCCACCCAUCAUCAGCAGGGGCAGUUGCAACAUUCCCAUCAACAGCCACAUCAUACCCACCAUUUAUCCCACCACACACAACAGUCACAUCCCCAUUCGCAUUCUCAUCAUCCGCAUCACCCGCAUCUGUCACAUCAUCAUCCCCAUCCCCACCACCAUCAGCAUCAACAGAUUGCCCUGCAUCAGAACCAUAUGUUCUUCAGCGGAACAACAUUGGGUGGCCACCACCACCAUCAUCAUCGUCAGCUGUUUAGUCAUAUGCAAAGUGCCAUUAUGCCACUGGGUGUCA